AAACGCGACACAACAACGAAACGACGUGCGUGAAAAAAAAAACUUUUUUUUUAAAUACGGACGCAUCCUUAUUUCAUAUUCAGUGCGGUGUGGUGAUUCGCUGAGUGUGGACGUGUUUUUUUGAACUUUUUUUUACAUAACCAUGAAGCCACUACUACGAACAGUGGUGGCGUUGUGCCUCCUUCUGGCCACUCAAGCGACUCCAGAAAAUAUCGAAGAAGCCAAAGAGCUGCCUCAAAAGAGCGAACCCGUCGUAGAGGCAGAAGAGUCCUCACCGCAAGUCAGAGAAGAAAGAUGUACCACAUGCAAAGGAGGAGUCAAUUUGAAAUUCAAAAGCCCCAAUGAGGUGCUAGCAGCUAUACAGGCGUUGCCUGGUGCUGAAGUGCAUUCCCAGUCCUCGUUCGAGAGCUGCUCUUCUGACAAGGGCUGCGCCGGACUUAAAGUAAAGGACGGACGCGUCAUCGAACGAUUCGGCAACGUCGACGCUUUCAAAGCGGCAGCCGCGUCCGACACAGGAAACGAAUUCACCUUCCAUGCCGCUGGGAGCUUAGGCAAUGUGUUCGAAGGUGGUAUCCCUAAAGACGGACCUUUCUGGUGGAUGAACCAGAACUCGCCUUUCAAGAACGCUGCCGCUGGCGGUGGCGGAAGCUUUGAGAAAUUCAGCCAGUCUAGCUCUUCGUUUACCAGCAGUGGUAACGCUGGAGGCGCUGGUGGGGCCGGUAGCGCCGGAGGUGCCGGACUAGGUGGUGGUGUCGGUUUCGACCUGAACGCGAAUCCCUUCCUGAAUGGAGAAUUCUCGAAACUCGCCGGCUCCGCGGCCGGUUUCGGAGCGUCCGCGCAAGGCGGCGCUAAACCUGCUGGAUCUGGAUUCCAAUCAUCUUCCUUCGAGUCUUCCAGCUCGACGUUCAGCAGCAACGGAGGUGAAAUCGAUCUGAAGAGUAAUCCGUUCUUGAACGGUCAGUACAACAAGAAUGCGGCUGGAUCUGGCUUCCAGGCUGGAUUCUCGGCUGGAUCAGCUGGACAGGGCGCUGGUGCGUUUGGUACUACUGGACAAGGCAGCCAAGGUGCUGGACAGUUUGGGGCUCAGGGUAGUCAAUUCGGAGCCCAAGGCAGUCAAAGCUCAUUCGGAUCAAGCUCAAGCGGCCAGAGCGCAUUUGGGUCUGGAUCUAGAGGAAGCGGAGCUGGGGUCGGAGGAAGCGGAUCUGGGGUCGGUGCAAGCGGAGGUUUUGGCGCUGGUAGCGGACAAGCAGCAGCCGGACAAGGCUUCGGCGCUAGCUCAGGACAGAGUGGCUUCAGCGCUCAGGCUGGUUUCAACAGCGCUAGCGGAAACGCUGGGCAAGGAUCGCAAGGAUUCGGUCAAGGUCUCAAUGGAGGCAGCGGCCAAAAUUCAUUCAGCAGCCAAUCGAGCCAAUCCUCAUUCCAAGGCCAAGGUUUCGGUCAAGGCCAGGCCAACCGCGGCUACACGGGCUCUUCCCCCAGCCCCUUCACCGCCUCCACCGCUGGAUCCAACGUGAACCUAAUCCAGAAUACUCAGAAGACAAGUGAGUUCGACUUCGAGCAGCAACAACAGACGCAGUCGAACAUCGACGAAGCUUUCCAGGGUACUGGGAAUGUGCAAAGCCACGCGCAUAGCGGGGGCGAGCUGCAGCAAACCUGCGCCGGUCAGGGAUAUGUGUGCGUCCACAAGGCGCAGUGCAACAAUGGAGUUGUGAACACCAAUGGCGCCAGCGUGCUCCAGGCGAAAACUAAGAAACAAUACUGCAACACGAGAACCGAAAUUUGCUGCCGCAUCGAGAUCUCCACCCUCGCUGGAGCCAGCGAUCUCCAAGGUUCCCUCGGAGUCGGAGCAGGCACCUACAGUGGCAGCAGCUCCGCCAAUGCCAACCGUCAAGGAGGGCUGUUCGUGUCAUCUAGCCAAUCAGGAAGCAACGGCUUUGGCGCGGCUGCUGGUAGCGGCCAAUCAGGACAGAGCGCUUUCGGCGCCGGCCAAUCAGGACAGAGCGCUUUCGGCGGUGGACAGACAGGACAAAGUGCGUUUGGUUCCAGCCAAACAGGACAAAGUGCGUUCGGUUCCAGCCAGUCAGGACAAAGCGCGUUCGGCUCUAGCCAAUCAGGAGCCUUCGGCAGCCGAGGCUCGGGAUCUUCAUUCAACGCUGGCGCUAGUGGGACCACCGGACAGGCCGGUUUUGGAGCCGGCUCUUCAACCUUCAACGCUAACCGUGGAUCUACUGCCUCAAGCUUCGGACAAGGAACGCAAGGUUUUGGUGCCCAAGGUGCCUUUGGAUCCGGAUCAGUAAACAAGGCCGUUGAAUCCAGCUCGUCUACUUUCGGAUCAACAAACAGAGGAACAGGAUUUGGAAGCUCUGGAACCAAAUUCGGAGCCGGAUUUGGAGUAGGAUCCACAGUCGCCCCGACCACCGCUGGCCGCUUCGGAGGAAACGAAGUCGUUUACAAGCAAACUAGUCAAUCUAACUUCGUCGAAACUGACUCCUUCUCAUCAGGAAGCGAGAAUACUGGGCUCUUCAGACCUGGAAGCGGGCUUAAGCCUGGCAUUCCUUAUCUGCCCCCUGACAGUACCAACCAGGGCUCAAACGUGGUGUCUUCCACCGCUUUCCCGACUCCGUUCAUCACCCCUCGCCCCACCACCCCCCGGCCGACGUACCUUCCCCCCACCCCGUCAACGGCUGCCCCAGGAUACCUGCCGCCCAUUGGCGAGCCUAGCUUCAACACGGAGACAAGGCUGCCGGGACCGCCUACUUACAAUGAAGGCCAGCUCAUCUUGGACACUUUGAGGCCUGGACCUACCAGAACUCCUGUGCCUGCUCCUCCUAGUGAAGUGCCAUCAGGCUGCGCCGCGGCUCUCAAGUGUACCCCCAUCGAGUACUGUACGGCCGAGGGCGUCAUCUCCAACACCACUGUUGCCCUGACUAGAGAUCAGGAGGCCUACAGAGUCCCCCUUACGGAUUGCAAGGAUCUCGAGACUGGACGCGUUGGCAAGUGCUGUCGUGAUCCCUUCUACACCGAUCCCUGGCCAGUCAACCAACUUGGCAAAUGGGUACCCAACACGUUCGGUGGUAAUGACGGCAAAUAUACUCCAGACAGCAGGGGUUCGCCCAGCAUCGGCCGCCCAGCCGUCACAGCCAGGCCCCCUGUCACUGGCUCCACCCUCCUAAAUAACUUUAGGUCAACAACCAAACCGACUCCUACCUUCGGGCCCAACCAAGUGACCCCAGGAUUCCCCUCCGUCACUCAAACGUCGUACGUGAAGGGCGGUCAAGGUCAAUAUGAGGUCCGCGGCCAAGGUCAGGCCAGUCAGGUCGGCCAAGGUCAGAUCGGGUUCGGCGGUCAGGGACAGAUUGGUGUUGGAGGUCAGGGAUCAGCUGGUCAAUUCAACUCCCAGUCCCAGUUCAGCAGCAGCUCGUUCGCUCAAACCCAGCGCGGUCAAGGCCAAGCUGUGACCACUGGCCAAGGUCAAGUCGUACAGCAAGGGCAAGGUCAAGCUGUGACCACUGGCCAAGGUCAAAUCGUACAACAAGGUCAAGGUGCCUUCGGUCAGGGCGGCAGAGGACAGGUCGGCUUCGGGUCACAAGUGUCUGUACAAGAACAGGCCGCUUUUAACUCAAGAGACCAAAGCAUCGCCCAAAGCCAACAGACGAACCGCGGCAACGCCCUGACCACCGGCCAAGGUCAAGCCGUCAUCACCGGUCAAGGUCAAGCCGUCAGCCAAGGAUUCGGCCAAGGCGUUAGCCAAGGAUUCGGCCAAGGAGUUAGCCAAGGAUUUGGCCAAGCAGUUAGCCAAGGAUCAGGCCAAGGAGUCAGCCAAGGAUUCGGCCAAAGUGUCAGCCAAGGAUCCGGCCAAGGUGUCAGUCAAGGAUUCGGCCAAGGUGUCAGCCAAGGAUUCGGCCAAGGUGUCAGCCAAGGAUUCGGCCAAGGUGUCCGCCAAGGCUCCGGGUUCUCCGUGAGCCAGGGAGGCGGAUUCAAUGUGGAGAAUGAGUACUCAGACUCGGCUUCUAGAGUGUUCUUGAGUCGGUACAGCGCGGGAGGACAAUGUGGACUGUUCAAUGGCCAAAAACCAUACGGAAACCGCAACGAAAACGAAGUGGACUUCGCUGAGAUCCCCUGGCAGGCCAUGGUACUCCUCCAGACCAACAAGAGUCUGUUGUGUGGAGGUGUCAUUACCAGGCCUGAUGUUGUUGUCACAUCCGCGUCUUGUGUUGACGGGCUCCAAGCUAAGAACGUUCUCAUCAAGGGAGGAGAAUGGAAACUUGGAAUUGAUGAAGAGCCCCUGCCCUUCCAGAUUGUCCAGGUCAAGAAUAUCCUGCGCCACCCUUACUACAAGCGCGGAAGCCUCCUCAACGACGCUGCGAUCCUGGUCCUCUCUGAGAAUCUGCGAUUCGCGAAGAACAUCUAUCCGAUAUGCUUGCCAAGCGCGCAAGAUACCCUGGAUGCGUUCUACAAUGGCGCCGGGGAAUGUAUCGUGACUGGAUGGGGGAAACAGGUGUUGCAAGCUCAUCUCCUGGGCUCCAUCAUGCACAGCAUCAACGUGUCUCUGAUCAACCCUGGAGAGUGCCAGGCCAAGAUUGCCCAGGACUAUCCUCAUCUGCUGGACCAGUACGACCAGGACAGCUGCGCGUGCGGACAGCCUACCAACCCCGUCAACAAUAUCUGCAGGGUCGAUACUGGAUCCGCUCUGGCUUGCACCACUGACAACGUGCACUGGGUGUUCAGAGGCGUCUACUCUUGGGAGUCAGGCUGCCAACCAGGCAACCAACUGGCCGGCUUCUACAAGUUCGACCUGGAGUGGUACGAGUGGGCCAUCGGACUGCUGGAGAGCGCGCGCUUCGCCCAGUUCUCCAGCUCUAGCUCCAGCUCUAGCCAGCGGUUCACGAGCGGUGUGAAGGGAGGUGCUGGUGGUGCUGGCGGCGCUGGCGGCGCUGGUGUUGGUGGUGCCGGCAUUAAAGGCGGAUUCGGCGCCAGUUUCGGCGGUUUCGGCGGCCAAGUCGGCUUCGGCUCUGGACAGUUCGGCCAGUUCUCCUCGAAGAUCACCCAGGCCUCCUCGAGCGAAGGAAAAGGAGCUUUCAGCGGGGAAGUCACCGGCCCCGUCAGCAACAGCUACAGCGCCACUUACUCCGAGAAGAAGGUCUUCCAAUCGGAACCUAAAAUCAUCACCUACACCACCAAGCCUGAGAUCGUCACUUUCACCACCAAACCUGAGUAUUUCACCUUCACCACUAAGCCUAAAAUAGUAACAUAUACUACUAAACCACAGAUAGUAAGUUAUACCACUAAACCACAGAUAGUAAGUUAUACCACUAAACCACAGAUAGUAACCUAUGAGACUUCAGGAAGCGGCACGAACCCGCAAUACGUAGCACCUGGUGUAACAUUCAACCCGACUUUCUCAGAGCUGGUUGGGCAGCAUAAGCAUAACGCUGCCUGCAAAUGCUUGGAUGGGAAGAAGUAAAGUCGUUAUGCAGAUUUCUAGAAACUCUUGAUAAAAAAUUGCAUUGACAUUGAAUACAUCUUUAGAUGCAACUUUUUAGAAUGAUUUUACAGUUUUAACAGCGGUUUAAAGUGAUCAACGAGCAUUAAUGCUGGGUUCCUUUUGUACCAUUUUGGUACAGAAUCCUAAAAACAGAGUAUAUAUGAUCGACUGUGAUCUGUAAGUAAGAAUUUUUAGAAAUCUCGCGUCAAAUGAGCAUCUACUACUAGAAAAGUCAAAUAAGUUAUUUCCUAUCAUCAAAUUACUAGAAAAGUAGAUGCUUUGUAAGGACGAUCUAUGGAUCUCCUAUUAUACAAUGUUCUAAAGUGCUAGAAAUUAAAUUAAAAUUACAUUGACAGCUAUUUACAAAAAAAAAUGUCAUAUUACUAUUUAAUUUUUGUUGGAUAAAAUUUUAAAAAAUAACUAGGUAUAGAGUCGCUUCUAGCACUUUAGUUCAUCGUAACUCAAUGAUUUUUUUAUUACACUUAAAAUAUUUUAAAAUAAAAUAUGGUCGUGCCAUACCCAUCUUGAAGACAGUACAAAAUGUGAAUUCGGUUUUUUUAUUUUAUUAUUAUUGUAUUUGAAGUAUCUGUAAAUAGAUAGGUUAUAUUUAAUGCAAACUUAUCUUUAAACCUGAGCUUAAGCUGAUAUUACACUGUCCGAUUUCAAAAUUUAAAAAAAAAUUGGCGAAUAUCAUUGUCCUACAUUUUCAACUUUAAAAAAUCAGAAGCUGAAUUAUUUAACUAUAGAUUAUAAUUAUUUAAUUUAAUACGUUGUAAAACCUCCCAUUAUAGUCAAAAACAUCUUGAUUGUGAUCUAAAAUUAAUUUUAAGUAAGUAAUAAAUAAUUUUGUGAAAAAAUCGGAUAGUGUAAAAAGGGAACGUUGGCGCUUUUCAUAAUAACUUUUUUUUAAUUUGUAUAAAAGGUGUUUUAAUAAUAAAACUGCCACAUUUAUAAGCCGACAAUUGCACAUUUAUUUAUAAGAAAAAUUGAAAGCUUAGAUAUUGGACCAUUUUGACUCCAAAAUAGUCGACUGUCUAAACUGUUUCAUACAAAUUAUUAUAUUUUUUAUAAUAAUUCGCAAUAAUUAUAAGUAUUUAGUCAAUAUACGUAUAUUAUCGAUGUAUACAUUUUCUAAUUGUUAUAAUUAGGAUUAAAUAAUUGAAAUAAAAUGGAGGUACUUUCAA